AUGAGUGAUGAGUCGGCUGUGACAACGACGAGCUUCGCCAACACCGACCCUGGCCUUCCAUCACCGGCGUCCAUCGCACUUGCCCAUGCUAUCAUUCGCACAAAGCCGCCAGAUGCAACUAUUGACGAGUAUAUCGACAGACUCAGCAACAGCUUCCUCUACGCGGAGACUCCGAAGACAGCUCGAGAUCCUGUCGCUGGCUUCAGCUCUACCAGCUACUGGAAAUCGGAAUGUUUGCGUGCUCAGGCACAGAAACUUGAAACGGAGAUUGAAGUUCAACAGCUAAGAGAAGAGCUCGACCUAAUCAGACUGGAUGGUCCAUCGGGAAAGGGCCGACACACGGCAGGAGACAGACUGACGACGAAGGCAAAUACUCAAACCAAGCGAGGCGCCGAUCGCAGCAGGAACCUACCGAGCACCAAGCCUACAGUUGAGCCGGAGAUCUCGGUCGAGCUCACAGGAGAUCCCGAUAUCGAUGGCCUCCUGCGACAUAUGCGCAUACUCUAUACUCACAACGCCAACGAAAACAUCGACGUCGGGUCCCUCUACAUCAGGCUUGGGUCUGCUUGCUGCUGCCUCAACAAGCUUGCCUCACGACCCAAUGAGCUAGCUCCCAGGAUAGCUCCGAUAUGUCAAUGCCUCUACCGAUCUCUUGCCAGCAUUUCAGACAUGUCUCUAGCAAAGCAAGUCUGCGUCAGACUGGUCCGGGUGUUUGCUACUACCUUGCAAGACCUAUAUCAGGAGGGUGUUGAUGAAGUCGCCCGUAAAGACCGUGAGGAGCAAAACAGGGCAAAGAACCACAAGCCAAACAGCAAAGCAGUCAAGAGCACCGCCAUCGAGGACGACAAGAGAGCCAAAAUGUACCGAGCUAAUCUCGUUAAGAUCAUGUCGUGCAUGAUUGGGACCAUUGACCUCAACCACACGGCACACAUCUGGUUGUACGAGGGCCUGGCGUCCUUACUGCUCGAUCACAUCGGGUCAGAGUUGUCCUACCUGAUCUUCAUUGAUCCCGCAGACCCCGGCCCUGGUCUUCUACCGGUGAGUGGCCUACUCGAUGAUCCGGACGUCAGCCCGGACGCCGCAAUAGCAGCCGCUGAACUGAACGCGCCCUCCUUCGUUGCGCUGUUACGAUGCCUCCUUAGCAAAGUCAGAGCCAAAGGCAAGCGUUCAUCAACUGCAAGGAUAUUGGCACGUUCACACAUGGGUACCACGGGCGAUGAUGAGCGCGGAAAGUUUCUGAGAACUAUUGAAAAGCGUCUGCAAAACACCCUACUGUCUGGCAUGUUCGGCACAGAAGACGAGGAGUUUCGAGACUGUCUCUGGCGCCCAGACGAGCCCGACGAUCUAGAGCUGCAGGAGGCUGCUGCGCUGGAGGAAGAGGAGAGAGGAGAAGGAGAUCAUGCUGGCGGGUCCAAGAAGGACUGGUUUAUUGCGCAAAUGUGGGAGCUUCUUGGGUGGGAUAUUUUGGCUGACAGCUUCAGCACUGUACCUGUACACUAG